AUGGAGGAGCCUGUAGAAGACUUUAUAGCGGAGGAGGAGGCGGCGGAGGGAGGGGGGAAGGGGAGGGUGUCGACGAGUGAAGUGACUCCCAAGGGAACGCCCGUCUACGUGCACAGCUCUCAGACUCUCAGAGUAGGACGGUCGCUCUUCCCGCGCUUACCGCUCUUCCCGCGCUUACCGCUCGCGCUCUUCUUCCCCUCCAUCCGCCCCUCCAUCCGUCCCUCAUCUAUUCUCCGCAUCUCUCCCCGCCUCGCUCCCUCUCGGUCGCAUUUCAUGCCUUCGUCCUCCUCCCUUUGUUCUCGCCCUCUCCUUUCCUCCUCUCGUCUUCCCUCCCAUCCCCCCCCCGCCAGUCGCGCCGAUGAUGGAGCUCAAGGCGUCGCGCCGAUGAUGGAGCUCAAGGCCGUGUGGGGAAAGACAGCGGAUCUGUCCACUUGGGUGGCGACCAAUCCGUGCGCCACGUGGCAGCUCGUGCAGUGCUGGACGAACGGCUACAUCCGUCGCAUGGAGAUGAGUUACCAGGAGCUCUUCGCCACGCUGCCCUCCGCCAUCGGCGCGCUUACCCAGAUGGAGGAAUUCUUCGCGGUGAAGAAUUGGAUCUAUGGCGACAUACCCAACUCCUUCAGCAACCUCGUCAAACUCAAGAACCUGUCAGUGCCUCUCACUGCCCUGCAGCUGUAUCAGAACUUUCUCAACGGCACCAUCCCUGCUUCCAUGGUCUCCCAUCCUCCCCUCUUCCCCUUCCCCCCUCCCUCUCUCUCCCCCUCCCCUCACAGGCAGCUGUAUCAGAACUUUCUCAACGGCACCAUCCCAGCUUCCAUGGGCCGCAUGACCAGCCUGUAUCAGCUGUGA